AUGGCCAUCGCCAUGGCUAAUUUCCUUACGUCGUUAGGAUCCAUGGACGACAAGAGCUUGCUGAUGAACGUCGUGGCUUUAGGUAUACUGGUGAUCACCAUCAUCGGGAACGUAUGCAUCCAGAUCAUCCAGAUGCGCUCUUAUCUCCACGCCAGGCAUGGAUUCUGGGAAGAAUCUAUAGCCAUGGCCUCCAUGCUCGUGUUGCUGCUCAUGUUUGUCUCAUCUGCUCUCACCAUUCUGUCUACUAAACAGUAUCUGGAGAGCAGGUACCGCGAUAUACAUAAGUCAGCUUUGAAAGAAGAGCAGUUGUUGGAUAUGAGGAGGGCCAGCACCAGGAAACUGAGGGCGUUGAUCAAGAAAUAUUGGGUGAUGGCGGAGACCAGCAGCCCUCAGUUUGUGAUUGCUCGCUCCGUCACAAGCGCUGUGUCUGGGAUCGUGAGCUUGAUCAUGGCUGUUGUUUUGGUGGAGGCCGGGAUACGGAUUGCGAUGGAGACGGGGCUAUCUGACCAGCCGUAUUCGAGUUAUAAGAAGUCGUCGAGAGGGGUUCUGCUGUCCCAGACUGUUGGAGUGAUGGUUGGUGCCGUUGCUCCUGCAUCCAGAUGGUUUGUCUCCAUAAACCAUAGAACCUCAGCUGGAUGGAGAAACAACGUCGAAAAUGCAUUCGCUGUCGAGGGCUAUUGGACUCAGAAGCUGGUGGAAUGGCAACACAGCUCCUUAUCUAUAGGGAUUCAACAUCUCAAGAGUAGAAAAUUGUCUAAGAAGAUUGUUUCUCAAACUCUACCAAUCAAAGCAUGUCUCGACUACAUCAGAAGGUUGAGACAUAAGAAAAUUUGUGACUCCGACUCUGGUUCGUCAAACUCCCAAGUGGUGGAGAUCAGGCGCUACGCUAUUCAGCUCCAAGGGGAGGUGGAGCUCCCUGCAGAAACUCUGAGGAACAUGUUCAAGGAGAUGGAUGAAAUCAUCAAGAAAGGUAAGACGAGGAAAUCGAAGAACCUGUUGAAUCUUCUAUCCAAAUCAUGCAACUUCAAAGGGGUGAUGGAAUUUGAUAGCCAUCAAGUUCCAAGUCUGCAUCCUCAUUGCUGGUCUCUACCUGUUGUCACACUGGCUUGCAUUGCACGGGCGAUUCCGAACGUUGAAAAGGACAAAUCCGAAAGGCUACUUGGUGGAGUCAUUGAAGGGCUCCGCUAUGUGAAGCUUAUCGACAAACUUGUUGACAGAAAAGGGCAAUUAGCAAAAGCAAGAGCUGCAGCAAACACAGUCAGUGAAGAAGCUGAAUUGAAUGGCAAGUGGCAGAAGAAGGAUCUUGAUCAAAUAUCAGUCAAAGGAAAGAACGCGGAAGACAUACUACAACAACUCCAUGAAGAUUCUGAAAGAACAGUCCUCGAGUUCAAAGGUGAUUGCGGCCAACUCAAUGUACAGGAUAUAGUAGCUGCAUCUGCAUGCCUCACAAAUCUAGCGCAUGCAAUCAUCAUCAAGUGUCACCGCAGUGCUAUUGAGGAGAGGGAGAGAGGGGUGCGGAGAGCAGCUAAAUAUUUGGGUGAAACUGAAGAGAUCAUUGCGCUACUACAACAACGCCAACUUCCCAUCCUCGACCCUCAACGGGCAGCUUGCAUCCAAGAAUGGCGAGCCUUGCUCAGCCUGGAAGAUCAGAAUAAUCCACAUGAAAUAGAGGAUCAAAUUAUUAUCGACGUUGAGGAUCACAAUUGUGGUUAA